UACAUGCAUAACUUAUAAUGUAUUGAUUUGCAAAUGCUUGCAAAUCUCUGUUUAAAUACGCUACCUAUUACAUAGUUAACCUACAGAGGUUACAUACCUAACCUUAGUACUGCCAAGCUCAGCUACAUAAUUUCAAUUUACAACUCAUGAGAAACGAAUCUACAGCCAUACCUGAAUCGCGAAUUCGACUUAAAACCACUCCAGAUUUCCCCGGAUUGUCGUCAAAUCAAAUGUAUCAAAUCUUGUUCAAUCUAUAAUGGUGCCCGUCACAUGCUCGGUUGUUCCCGAAAGGAUGAAUGCAAGCCUGCGGCCAUGUUUGUGUUUGCCGUAGAUUAUACAGAAUAUAUAUACGUAUAGUAUACGAGUAUACGGUACAAACUGGAUCAUCAACAAUGAGCACCUCUACCAGCUUGAAUGAUACCACCAGGGGACGCGAUGGCGGUUUCCAUCUUCCACCCUCCGAUCCCGAAUUAAUCUCUAAAAUCCCCAGAAUCCUGCCGCAUGAGCGUGUUUUUCCUAUUCAGAUAGGAUCUGAACUCUUUAAACUCUCCGGGGCCUCGAUCUCUUCUGAUGCCCCAUCAUAUUUCUCUCAGUAUUUUCAGUGUCAAAUUAAAAAGGCUGAAGAAGCUGGCGAAGACAUAUCAACCGCCAUAAGGACUCUUUACAUUGAUCGCGACCCUGGAACCUUUAGGGACAUCUCUCUUCAUCUGCAAGGUUAUCAUGUCUCUCCACGUGACGGUACACACUUCGUGCGCCUUUUCGCUGACGCCCAAUUCUACACCUUGCCCAAACUGAUGUCGCAGCUUUAUGAGGACUCAAUAUUCAUUUCUAUUGGGCAUCACGAGUUUCAGAUUCCACGCGACAUCUUCACUGGGCCUGGCAACUCACCAAAUUUCUUCUCCCUAGGUUUUGGUGUUUUCUUCUCAUCACGCGAUGAGAUUUUCCCUGGCCUGGAACGUGAAAAUCUUAUCCGACCUCCUUCUAUCAUGCCGCCAUCUGUUCCGAACAGGUCAGCCGAUAUCUUUAGUGAACUCUUACAAUUACUACGCGGUUAUCCGCUAAAUAUCCGUGAUGAGAACCACCGCGCCUCCCUACUCCGCGACUGUCGGUAUUUCAACUUCAAGGGUGUAGAGCAAAAGUUGAUCCCUCAUCAUAUAAAUUAUAACUUAUCUCGGCGAAGAUUUGAAAUAACCCUCAGGCUCGAGGAUAUUCUCAAGUCAGGUAUCUCAAUUGCCACUGAUGCUAUGACUCCUACCAGCGGUGCGGAAUCCAUCUCGGGAUGGGUCAAUUAUAUGCGGCCAUUCGAGGAUGACAAGCAACAUGAGCUCAUCCUAGAAAUUGGGGGCGAGAAUACAAAAUUACAUCUCAACUCCAUGCGAGCAGAGUUCUUCGGUCAAGUCAAGGCGCGCGUGGCGAGACUAUUCGAAGUCAUCGCUACGAAACUUAACCUUCCCCCAACAACUCAGCCAUUGGGACUCUUGAUGGCAUCGGGAGGAGCGAGCAGCCAACCGCCGACGCCGGGAAAUACCCCAUUGAGCGAGGACCUGGUUCGAGUAGUACUUGAACCUGAGUCGUAUAUUAUCCUAGAUGGGAAACCAUACAACAAUUUUACGGAAAGCGACGAGGCGGCAGUGCCCAUGUCGGCGACAUCCUCGAUGGGACACGGCGGAGGACAGGACUCGCCACUCUCUAGCAUAGGUGGAUUCUUUGGGCCUCCGAGGAAAAGGAGGCGAGUAGACUUAUCGGGCCAUGUGCCAGAUGAGUGGAUAGUCCGCACGGGACAAUGGAGACUUCGAAUUCAAAGCUCAAGGAAUGGAAAGAACGCCAUCGAGUGUGUGCUUGUAGCCGUCAAGUUAGAUGCCUACAGUAGUGAGCAGGCGAAAAAUGCCCAGCGAGCGUUCUUGAAGGGUUGACGACGAAGAAACGAAGAAACGAAGAAACCCAUGACAGGGUGAAGGUACAGUGUGAUGAGUUGAAUAUUACUUACUGGUUCUAGCUU